AUGUUUUUUACUAAAGAUUUCAACUGUGCGGUGGAUGGAACCGAAGACCCUGAUAGCGGCCUGUGCUAUCAAAUUUCCGAAGAUGGAGUGUCAUCCUGGCAAGCUGCAAGGGAUUUCUGUUUGACACAAGGUGGCGAUCUUGUCGAUGUCAAAGAGGAAUCGCAAAACACAUUCAUUCUUGAAGCUAUCGACACAUUUCAAAGCCCGGACAAUAACAAAGGAUACUGGAUUGGACAAAAUAGUAUAGACGGCAGCGGUACGUGGAGCUAUCUUUCCGACUCGUCUGCAUCAGUAUUUCUGGACAAUCUUGGCACCAGCUCAAUGAACUGUAUAAUCAUUGCACGCUCGGGCAAUCACUUUACAUGGAAAUUUAAAGAUUGCGACACAGAUGACAACAGACCACUGUGUGUAUAUGGGCAAGACUCUGUUAGUGAUAUUUCCACGUCAAUGUAUAGCACCACAGACACGCCAUCCGAAAGCACCACCAAUGUUCGCACAACAGGGGGCAUCUCACACGUAACAACCGAUGAACCAUAUGCAAUAGCAUCACCAACAGCAACAACGGCACGCCCUACAAUUCAAUCAAUAACAAGUACGAUUCAACCUGUAACUACAGAUAUUUUUUUAACAGUUAACAUAAUAGCAACGGGAACGGUAUCCAAUGACAGCAUAUCACUUGCAAGGAAUAUGAUUACUGAGCUGUCUGAAAAAAAUGCAACUGCGCAAGAUAUAACGAAUGUAGUCGAAAUAGUUGCUCAGACUACUUCACAAAAUACUGGGAAUGGUCGUCGUGCAGCAAUGACAUUGCUGGCUGAUAUAAAUGCGCUUAUUGGAGAUUCAUUUCGAGGAACAGACAUGGAAAUAAACACGUUGGCACAGGAGUCUGAAGACAAUUCUCAACUAACAUCAUUGGCUGAUAUAACCGAACUGAUGGAAAAUUUCACCAUGCGCAUUGCUAACUCUGUUGAGGUGGACACAGAUAUCACCACUGAUAAUGUUGAUAUUGGUAUCAGAAAACAACUUCGAUCGACGUUCAAUGGUUUGGAAUAUGCCUCAGUAAGCACCGGCGAAGACGAACAGUUAUCUAAUAACGUUCACGUAACGUUCCCAUCCAGUACUGCAGAAACGAUUAACACAGAUGACGAUUUGACAUUUACGUUUGUAACAUAUAAACAUCCACCAUCUGUUACCUUUGCUGGCAUGACGUUAAAUUCGCCGCUCAUUUCUGCUUCCAUUAUCCAAAACCAUGUUUCGGAGCUAGAACAAAACAUAGAAUUUGUUUUUAGAAGAGGAAAUAAAAAGAAAACAGAACCAAGCUGUGUGUAUCUUAAUACGUUUACAAAUGUUUGGUCCAGCAAAGGAAUGGUACUUAUCGAUUACAAUGCGACUCAUGUUCGCUGUGGGGCGAGCCAUCUUACUAGCUUUGCCGUGCUCAUGCAGGUCACUGGUGUGGAGAUGAUCGAAGUACAUGCAACCGCUCUGAGUUUUAUCACAUACACGGGGUGUGGCAUUAGUAUAGUGGCAUUAAUUUUAACCUUGGGUAUUUUUAUGUAUGUAAGGCAUUCCACUGGUGAACGAACGAUGAUACACCGUAAUCUUAGUUUGGCUUUGCUUAUCGCCCAGAGUCUUUUCGUGGGAGGUAUCUCCGCUACAUUCAAUAAGUGGUUCUGUAUGUUCGUUGCCAUGGCGUUACACUAUUUUUUCCUGGCUGUAUUUUCGAUGAUGCUGGUAGAAGGAAUCCAUCUUUACCGGCAAGUGGUUCAAGUAUUUGAGAGAGGAUCGUUUCGACUAAAGUACCUCAUCAUUCUCGGCUGGCUACUGCCAUUGGUGAUUGUAGGAAUAACAGCGGGAUACAACUCUCAUGGAUAUGGUAAUGACUAUAUGUGUUGGUUGGACACCGACUCCGGUAUGGUGUGGGCGUUUUUAAACUUGAUCGUAAUGGUACUUGUUGUGCGUAUUAUUAUUCUCUCAUCUGCAAUGUCAAACAAAAAUAACAUUGAACAAGCCAAAGCUGGUGUCAAGGGAUUAAUACUACUCCUCCCUCUUCUUGGAGGCACGUGGUUGUUUGGUGUCUUCUUCGUAUCCAAUGAACUGAUUGCAUUUCAGUACAUAUUCGCAAUACUAAAUUCAUUACAGAAAAGCGGAGGUUUCAGCUCACGAAAGCACAAUACGGUAGAAGACAAAGACAAGUUGUAUCCUGAUAUUCCAAGCCGUCCAUCAACAUCGGAAAGUAUUAUGUCGACGAGAACAACGUCAGGAAUUACUUACACCAUACCGGGGGAGGUAAACGAGUACGAUGCCAAUGAGGUGGAGGUAAUGUCAGUUUCUGAAAACUACAAUAUGUCUGUGUAUUUCUUUGCUACGUUGACUGUUUAG